GUCCUUAGAAAAAGAAAAUUGAAGUGAAUACCAGAGCCUUUGCAACGCAUCAAUGUUGCUCAGCUCCAAAAUAUCAUCACUCCCUUGUCUUCAUUCUCCAGCCCCUAAUCUCCCUACAGUCCUCACCAAAUCUUUACCACCGUACUCAAGAACGCUAACUGCCCCACGGAAAGGAUCUCGGACACCGCGCAUCCUUAUCAAGGUCUCGUCGUCGUUGUCAGAAAAUCUGGGGGCGGUCUUCGACAUCGCAUCUAAACCGCAUGAUCAGGAUGCAGCGGAGGUUGUUAGGAGGUUCUACGCAGGAAUCAACGGCCGUGAUCUGGCGUCGGUGGAGCCUUUAAUAGCGGAGAAAUGCGUGUACGAGGACCUUAUAUUCCCCCAUCCAUUCACGGGUCGCAAGGAAAUUUUAGAGUUCUUCAAGAGUUUCAUGGAUUCAAUUAGCAAGGACCUCCAAUUUGCUAUUGAAGAUAUCUCUGGCGAGGAUUCAUCUGCUGUUGGAGUUACAUGGCAUUUAGAAUGGAAAGGAAAGGUUUUUCCCUUUAGCAAAGGCUGCAGCUUUUAUCGGCUAGAAAUUGUGGAUGGCAAAAGGCAAAUAGUAUAUGGACGAGACGUUGUUGAACCUGCAAUCAAACCUGGGAAGACAGCUUUGGGUGCCAUCAGGGCUGUAACAUGGGUGUUACAACAAUUUCCUCAGUUGGCAGAUCAGCUAUGA